UUUAAAAUAACAAUAAAAAUGAUAACCCAUUUACUAGUAGAGAUUUUGGUGGCCACACAAAAAAGGUAAAUAAACUACUCAAUGCUACCAAAAUAUCAUCAAUGUUUUAAUUGAUAUUUAAUGUAGUGGGAUUUUUGGAACUAAACGAAAUAAUUUUGUUCACAUUUGGGCACUCAACGAAAUUUGUAUAAAAGUUAAAAGCAUGGCAAUUAUAAAUUCAGUUGCAAAUUUUGACGGUUGUGAAAAAGUUGUCAGGAAAAAUAAAAAAAAUUAUUUUAUACAAAAUAUUUAUAAAAGAAUUGAAAAUUAAAUUAUUUUAUAAUAAAAAAAAUCGAUUUUAAGUUUGAAUUAUGCACAACGCACGCGUCGCUCACCGUUACAACAACUCGCGCAUCCUAUUGCUGCUCAUCCUCGCUUUAACGUACACUGGUUGUACAAACGCACAAUACGGUUUCUAUCCGGGUGGUUUUGGCGGUGGUUACGGUGGUCUUGGCUUUGGAAGUGGCUAUGGCUUUGGUGGCGGUAACAGUUAUGGUGGCUACCCCGGCUAUGGCGGCUAUCAGCAAUAUCCCGCCUACUAUGGUGGCGGUUAUGGCAAAACGUAUCCGUGUUAUGGUAGCUACUAUUGUCUCGGUGGCUAUCCUAGUUUUGGAGGUUAUCCAUCUUACGGCAAUGGCAUGAAUACUGCAUUCGCCAGUAGUAGCGGUGGUGGCAUGGCCAGCGCAUCGGCUAGCAGUGGUGGCGGCUUCUUUGGCUAAUGUGCGGAGUGGCAGCAGAGACUCUAGCUGCGUUGCAGAAGUACAAAAUACACACUUAAAAUUGUUUAAUAAUUUGUGUAAUAAUUUAGUAUAAGUGAAGUUUAAUUAGUUUGUAAAUAUUGUUGCUGUUGUGGUUAUUGUGUAUUAAACUAUGUUGUUUUCGUAUUCUCAUGGCGAAUUUAAA